GCCAGUUAGCCGCGGGUCUUGUCAACGAGUGGUUGCUGGAAGUGAACAAAAAAUAAUACAAAUAUUGCAAAUUGAGGGGUGCUGACCAUGAAAUGGAAAGUCUGACACUGAGCACAGGACAAGAGCAAAGCUAAGGGGAAAAGUGCCACAAAAGAAUUCCGUUUGGACAUUGAGUGGAAAACUCUUGAGGGAUCCCAGGAAAGCUCAGACAUGGAACAAGGUGGACCUAUUGAACCAGUGGUGGCAGCUGUAGUGGCUUCUGUGGCAGUGCCUGUGGCACCCCCACCUGUUGCGGCAACCGUUGCCACUCCGGCAGCAAUUGCUGCCCCAAUAACUCAAACUGCUGCUCCGACUCCAGCGGCACCCAUUGCCUCACCGAUACCGAUUGCUGUCGCUCCAAUUAUCCCAGUUUCUGCUCCGACGCCAACUGUUGCGUCUCCAACAGCUACUAGCCCUGUUGCAACUCCAGCUGCUUCUCCUGUUGUGCCUCCAGCUGCCAUUUCGCCACCGGCUCCUGCCCCAGUCACGCCAGCUGCUGAGCCGCAAGCCGUUGCCCAACCCAUUGCUGCCGCGAUUUCCGCUACUGAGGCUGCCGUUCCUGUUCCAACGCCUACUGCUCCAGCGGCGGUCAUUCCAUCAGCCGGGACGGUUCAAAAACCAGCUGUUGGGGACACCGCUACCGCUGCUCCUGUCCAGACUUCAAUAGCGACCCCGGAACCAGUCGCUGCUGCUGCUGCUGCUGUUCAGAUAGCUCCACCGAUUCCAGCACCAGUAGCUGCCGUAAUAGAAACGCCACUGGCCAUUCCUACUGCCGAUGUUCCAGUUGUUAGUCCAGAGCCUGUUUCUGCUGCUGCAGAAAUACCAACGGUUGCCCCGGAACCAGUUGUAGUCGCUGUGCAGGCUCCUGCACAGUUUACGGAGCCCGUUCCAGCUACUGCAGACGUACCAGUGCCAGUCCCGGCGGCAGCUAUAGCCACUGUAGAAGCACCUUUGCCCACUCCAGCUGCAGUUAUCCCUGAAAUUCCCGUUGCUACUUCAUGCGAGACAAUUAAAUCGGAACCGACUGCUCCCGUUGCGGAUAUACCAGCUGUGGAACCAGUUACAGUCGCCGUCGAAGCUCCCGCAGCGAUACCAGCUCCAGUUGUUGCUGCCGUCACAGAAACUCCGGCUGCUCCUACUGCUGAAGGAACAGUUUCUGCUGCCGUAGAAACUCCAAUUAUUGCUGCUUCGACUCCCGUAGAAGUUCCAGCACCGACUUCAGAGCCAAUUGUUGCUGCCGUCAUAGAAGCUGCUGCACUUCCUGCCGUUCAACCUACAGCAUUGAUCCUGGAACCGGCACCUUCUGUUGCAGAUAUACCGCCCGUUCCAGAGCCUGUUAUAGCCGUCGUAGAAGCUCCAGCUCCAGCCCCCACUCCACCCGAACCAAUCAUCGAACCUACUCCAGUCUCUACUGUCAAAACUGCUAAAGCUGCGGAUGUACCCACUCUGGAGUCGGUUAUUGCAGCUGUAGAAGUUCCCAAGACGAUUCCAGAAACAUCUACCGUACCUUCAGAGGCACCAGUUGUUGUCCCAGUCGAGAUGGAAACGCCAGAAGUUUGUCCAAGUCCAGUGGCAGCCGCGGACACAGUUGCUGCUCCUGAAGAGGUUUCAACUGCAUCUCCUGAGCAUGUUGCCCAAACUCCCACACCCACUCCGGAAACAGUUCUUGCUUCUACACCAGCUGAUCCAGCUCCAAUUGACACGACUCCAGCGGCAGCUGUAGAACCAGUCAUUUCUGCUCCUGCUUCCAUUCCUGAGCCGGUAAGUCCCGAAGCGCCAGUAGCUGCAGGUGUUAUAGAAGCCCCAGUAGCUGCAGCAGAAGUCAUUCCUAGUUCAGAGACUCCACAAGCUGCCGAGCCGAAAGCUCCCACCCCGCAACCUGCUGCAGCUGAAAUGUUAGAAACUCCUGCAGCGGCGUCCACCAUUGAAGUGCCAGCUGUUGCUGCAGAGAUUCCUGCCGAAGUAGAAGUUCCAGCAACCAUUUCGGAACCAUCUAUUGCUGCCGUCAUUGAGCAGCCCCCCACUGUUUCUACUGCUGAAACUACAGCAACCGAUCAGGAACCAAAUGCUGCCGCCAUUAAAGAGACUUUAGUCCCAAGUCCUCAACCAUUAGUUGCUGAUGUAGAAGCGCCCGUACCGGAGCCACUGGAUGCGGUAGCUUCCCCUGCUGCCGAAGUACAGAUUCCAGAAGCAAUUGUUGCUGCUACUCCAGAGGCGACGCCUGCCAUCAUUGAAGCCCCAGAAGUUAUUGAAGUUCCAGCAGCCAUAUCCACUCCAGAACCAGCAGCUGAGAUCCCUAAAACUGUUUCUCCAGAAGUUCCAGCAGCCAUCUCCCCUCCAGAUUCUGCCGAUGCCCCCACCAAGGAAGCAAUCGAUGCUCCAUCCCCUGAUCCCAGCUCCGUUCCAGUAGCCAAGAUAACGCCCUUACUGAGGGAUCUGCAGACGACAGAUGUGUCGCUGUUGGCCAUUGCGGCUACCCUAGAUGCCAUUGGGGAGAAGCUGAAGGACCAAAGAGAUCGCAAUCAGCAAGUCAUGGACAGACUCUGUGAAAUCGAAAAAAUACUAGGUCCUCCAAAGCAAAACUAACUAAAGCAACUUAUUACUACGAUCGAGUGAAUUAUAAUAAAGUUUAAAAUGAUAUAAA